CCAACUCCACCGGUCCGGACCGGACCAUAUGUGUAUUAACACUCCACGCACGCACGCACCACCAGUUAUCACUACAACCUCCACUAACCUCUACCUCUCUCUCUCUCUCUCCCCUGGGAACUGAACUAGAAUCAUCCAUUCUGUUGAAGGGCCUUAAUUGUUGAAGUUGGAAACUGUUUCUGUCGAAUUCGGUGCUAACAAACUAAUUUUCAGUUCCGACUUGGUGAAAUGGCCCUUUGCGGGUGUGUUUCGGCCGCGAACUUGAGCUGGCAGAAUACUGUUAUAGAAAAUCACAGUUUGAAAACUGCCCCAAGAUGUGGGUUUCUUAAAGUUUCAGAGAAAACCAAUGCAUUAGCAUUUGGAGGUAGUGAAUCCAUGGGUCAUAGUUUGAAAAUUAAUUAUCCACAUGCUGUGGGAUUAAGGCCAAGGAAGGGUGUCUACCCUUUGCAGGUAGUAUGCAUGGACUUCCCAAGACCAGAACUUGAUAAUACUGUUAAUUUCUUAGAAGCCGCAUACCUCUCUUCCUCCUUUCGUACUUCUCCCCGCCCAACUAAACCUUUAACAGUGGUAAUUGCUGGUGCAGGUUUGGCUGGUUUAUCAACCGCAAAGUAUCUGGCAGAUGCUGGUCAUAAACCUGUAUUAUUGGAAGCAAGAGAUGUUCUUGGAGGAAAGGUGGCUGCAUGGAAAGAUGACGAUGGAGACUGGUAUGAGACAGGAUUACAUAUAUUCUUUGGGGCUUACCCAAAUGUGCAGAACUUGUUUGGAGAACUUGGUAUUAAUGAUCGGUUGCAGUGGAAGGAGCACUCUAUGAUAUUUGCAAUGCCAAAAAAGCCUGGAGAAUUCAGCCGAUUUGAUUUUCCUGAGGUUCUUCCUGCACCAUUAAAUGGAAUAUUUGCUAUUUUGAGGAACAAUGAAAUGUUGAGUUGGCCAGAGAAAGUCACGUUUGCCAUUGGACUUUUACCCGCGAUGCUUGGUGGACAGUCCUAUGUUGAAGCUCAAGAUGGUUUAACUGUUGAACAGUGGAUGAGAAAGCAGGGAAUUCCUGAUCGUGUAACUGAUGAGGUGUUUAUAGCAAUGUCAAAGGCACUAAACUUCAUUAACCCUAAGGAACUUUCAAUGCAAUGUAUAUUGAUUGCUUUGAACCGGUUUCUUCAGGAAAAGCACGGUUCCAAGAUGGCUUUCUUGGAUGAACCCCCAGAGAGACUAUGUCAGCCAAUUGUUGAUCAUAUUCAGUCACUGGGUGGUGAAGUAAGACUAAACUCGCGAAUUCAGAAUAUUGAGCUAAAUAGUGAUGGAACAGUGAAAAGGUUUUUACUUCAUAAUGGGAACGUGAUUGAAGGGGAUGCAUAUGUAUUUGCUACUCCAGUUGACAUCCUGAAGCUUCUUUUACCUGAAAACUGGAAAGAGAUUCCAUAUUUCCAGAGAUUGGAGAAAUUAGUUGGAGUCCCAGUUAUUAAUGUGCACAUAUGGUUUGACAGGAAACUGAAGAACACCUAUGAUCACCUACUAUUUAGCAGAAGCCAACUUCUCAGUGUAUAUGCUGACAUGUCAGUAACAUGUAAGGAAUAUUACAACCCAAACGAAUCUAUGCUGGAAUUAGUUUUUGCGCCUGCAGAAGAAUGGAUUUCACGCAGUGAUGCUGAUAUUAUUGAUGCUACAAUGAAGGAACUUGCAAAACUCUUUCCAGAUGAAAUUUCCACAGAUCAGAGCAAAGCAAAGAUUGUAAAGUACCAUGUUGUUAAAACACCAAGGUCCGUUUACAAAAAUGUCCCAAAUUGUGAACCUUGCCGUCCCUUACAAAGAUCUCCUAUUGAGGGCUUCUACUUAGCUGGUGACUACACAAAGCAAAAGUAUUUGGCUUCAAUGGAAGGUGCUGUUCUGUCAGGAAAGCUUUGUGCUCAAGCUAUUGUACAGGAUUAUGAGUUGCUCGUUGCUCGGGGGCAAAGAAGGUUGGCUGAAGCAAGUCUUUUUUGACAGAAAACCUUUGCGGGGUAAAUUUUGCCAUGGUUCUUGAGGAUUAUUCAAAGAAUAGUUUUGGCUUGUGGAUCAAUGCUAUACCCACAUGAAGGAUUUAUUUUCUGCUGUCAGAAGGGAUAAUAUGACAUUGUAACAACAUAUCUAGGCUGUCUGAUACUGAAUCUUUAAUUUCUGCAUAGAGAAUCUUGUUUUCUUCAUAGUUUUACUUGUAUGAUACCUAUAUUGAUUCAAGUGUACAUAAUUUAUUCUUAAAAAAUAUGUGAAAUACAAUGCAAUCAAGGAGAAAGCAUAC